GAGUAUGAGUUGAGCUCUUGUCUCAGCAUGGCCCAGUGAUAAAAAUACAGUGGAGAAAGUAAGCAAGAUCGGCCAUCUUUUCCAAGCGCAGAGGCAAAGUUGUGCACGAGGAGGGCGUGCGGCAUCGACCAACUGCAGCCCAGCGGCGCCGGCGCAUCUUCUCUCCCCACGCCGUCCCGGUGGGAGUCCUCCGUCCCUGUCAGCUCAAAAGCCAUUAUGCAAGUUCCUUCUAUUGUAGUACUCAUAAUAAGCAAAACCUACAGGACUAGAAGAAGCCACAAUGGAAGGAAGCAUCAGCGGUCCAUCAGAGAAAAGGGUUGCCGUGGUGACCGGAGGGAACCGGGGGAUGGGGCUGGAGAUAUGCCGGCAGCUUGCGGCUCACGGGCUCACCGUCGUCUUGACGGCGAGGGACGAGAAGAGGGGCACUGAGGCAGCCGAAAAGCUCCGGGAGGAGGGGCUACCGGAUGUCAUGUUUCAUCAGUUGGAGAUCAGCGAGCCCGCCAGUGCCGCUCAUCUGGCUGCUUCCAUAAAGGACAAGUUCGGCAAGCUUGACAUAUUGCCCCCGACUCUCGUCCCCCGUUCCCGUUCCUCGUUCCCACCGUACCGGAAACAUGGCAACUAUGCGCACACCGCACCGCAGGUCAACAAUGCCGGAGUGCUCGGGGUGACCACGGACGUCGGCGACCCGGCAACCCUCCAGGAGACGCUUGCAGGCAUGGAUGGGAUGGAGAGAGCCGAGUGGCUGAGGCAGCGGACCACGCAGACCGCCCAGGAUGCAGAGGACUGCCUGAGGAUCAACUACCACGGCAACAAGACCGUCACGGAAGCCCUCCUCCCGCUCCUCCGGUCCUCCUCCGACGGCAGAAUCGUCAACGUAACCUCUGCCUGGGGCUUGCUCAGGUAUUUCAGCGGCGACGAGCUCCGGCGGGAGCUGGACGACGUCGCAAACCUCACGACGCAGCGGCUCGACGAGAUGUCGGGCCUGUUCCUCGAGGACCUGGGCACGGGCAAUGGCGCGCUGGAGCGCCGCGGGUGGCCGGCCGACCCGGUGUACGCCGCCUACAUGGCGUCCAAGGCGCUGGUGUGCGCCUACACCAGGGUGAUCGCCAGGGAGGAGGGCGCUGCGUUGCGGGUCAACUGCGUGCACCCCGGCUACGUCGUCACCGGGAUGAACGACUACACCGGCAUCCUCACCGCCGCCGAGGGCGCCGCCGCCGCGGUUGUAGUUGCGCUCGCGGAGAAGGGGGGAGUCACCGGCGCCUACUUCGAUCGCACUGAACUGGGAGCGUCCUUUGUGUGAUUUCUCCGUGGAGCAGUUGUUAGCUGGAUAUCUUUUUCAAUAAAGUUCAAUCUACUUAAUAUUACUUGAUCUUUUGCAAUAACACAAUGUCAUGAGUUGGUCCAGAUAUCUAGAAUUAUGUUUUGUUCA